AUGUUUCUGUUUUUUUCCCUUCUCUUUACCCUGUACUUCACUUCCACCUUCACCAAUGCAGCCACAUUUGAUAUCACAAACCGAUGUCCCUACACCGUCUGGGCAGCUGCCUCCCCCGGUGGAGGCAGGCGACUCGACCAAGGCCAGACCUGGAACAUCAAUGUGAACCCUGGCACGACCCAGGCUCGUAUUUGGGGCCGAACCAAUUGCAACUUUGAUGCUAAUGGCCAAGGCAAAUGCGAUACCGGUGACUGUGGUCGCCUUGAAUGCCAAGGCUAUGGCUCACCCCCAAACACCUUAGCUGAAUUUGCCUUAAACCAACCUAACAACUUGGACUAUGUCGACAUUUCUCUUGUUGAUGGUUUCAAUAUUCCGAUGGAGUUCAGCCCCACCACCAAUGUGUGCCGUAACCUCAGAUGCACCGCUCCGAUCAACGACCAGUGUCCGGCUGAAUUACGGGCUCCCGGUGGCUGCAACAAUCCAUGCACAGUGUUCAAAACCAAUCAAUAUUGUUGCACUGAUGGGCCUGGGAGCUGUGGGCCUACUGAUUUCUCCAAGUUCUUCAAGGAGAGGUGCCCGGAUGCUUAUAGCUACCCUCAGGAUGAUCCAACAAGCUUGUUCACUUGCCCUGCUGGUACCAACUACAGGGUUGUGUUCUGCCCAUGA